AGAGAAAAUACAAAUCAGGCCUUAUUUGUUCGACCCAAGUUCAUAAACAAGAAGAUCGAAGUCCAUUCUUAAUUUGAACUGGAAUAAUGGUUGAUUCCAAUUCAUAAAUGUUCUGGAUGUGGCAGUUAGAAAGUUGAAUGUUUGCUAAGGAAUGCAAGACUGCCGCCAAAGUUGUCGCAUCUGCUAUCUUCUGGGAAGGCGACCGCUCGUCGUUAUAGGAUAGCGAGCAUUCCUGUUGCUCAUAACACAUGCCUGUUAACAUGAGCACAUGUGUUCUGGAAUAACUUGAAUUGUUCUUAUUAUCUUGGGACAUAGUAAACGACUUGUCGUCCUUGCUUGACUGGCACUCUGUCAUCAUGAAGCAGUUUAACAUCGGUGACUUCGAGUGUUGACUGGACAGCGUGACACAACAUGUCGCUGGUGGAGGUAUCCCACCUCUCAGAGGGUCCCUCUGCCUACCCUCACUUCUCGUACUCGUCUCGCCCCCCGCCCUACUCCCCCGCCACUCCGGGGGGCAGUGGGGGGCUGCCCUGCAGCCUCCAGCAUCAGACGGACACGUCACCCUCAGCGUUUAGGCCAGUUCUGUCACGGCGAGACAAGCACGGCCCGUCGGCGGUGAGCCCGGACCGCGAGGGGGGCCAUCAUGCCGUGCCCACCCUACCCAACUUCCCGGGCCCCAGCAUGAGUGGGGACCAUCAGGGUUCUAGCGGACUCGGUAAUGCUUCGUUGUCGAACAUGUUUGAGCAUAGCCUUGCAAGAGGCGUGGCAGCCCGAGCACCACGCUCCAAGAAACAAUUUAUUUGCAAGUUCUGCUCGCGCCAUUUCACCAAGAGCUACAACUUGCUUAUACAUGAACGCACGCACACCGACGAACGGCCCUUCCCCUGCGACGUGUGCGGCAAGGCAUUCAGACGUCAGGAUCACCUCAGGGAUCACAAGUAUAUACACAGCAAGGAAAAGCCAUUCAAGUGUGUCCAAUGUGGCAAAGGUUUUUGCCAAAGUCGGACUCUGGCUGUGCACAAAAUCCUUCACAUGGACGAGUCGCCUCACAAGUGCCCGACGUGUGGUCGCAGCUUCAACCAACGUAGCAACUUGAAAACACACCUACUCACCCACACGGACCACAAGCCAUACAAAUGCUCCUCGUGUAGUGCUGUCUUCAGGCGCAACUGUGAUCUCCGCCGACACAUGCUAACCCACACCAUCGGUGGACAUCUCGCUACCGAAAAAUCUGGCGAAAAUAAAACCCUGCUUCCCGAAGGUAACGCCCCAGGUCCCAAGUCAGAUAUUAUUGUCGGCUCUCAAAAACGAAAUAAUGAGGACAUUUAUGAAGAUUAUUCACCAGAAGAAGCUGACGAUGACGACGAAGAUGAAGAAAUCGAUCCUGGACGACCUGACGAUACGUACGCUUUUUGCAGAUCCGACCGAAUUUCACCAAUUGAUGAAGAAACAGACGAAGAAUCCGUUGAAAAUGACCCAAAUGAGACUGCAGGUUUAGCCAAAGAGAGCGCCGUGUGUGAGACUCGUGAUAUGAAUAAACACUUCCCAGCAAUCCAGGAUCUGAAUGUUUCGUCCACUCCAGUUGAAAAAUCUACUUCCUUUGCUAACUAUUCUUCACAAGCUUGCGAGCAAACCGAUCAUCACACUGAGCAUUACAGAGAAUUGCAAGUUUCUGAAUCAUAUUCUUCAACCCCUUCAUCUGUAGCAUGUAACUCGAGUGCAUACAAGUCGCCUCACUCUACUGAGAACGCGCUAAACCUUCAUACAAGCAUUAAUUUGAGUACAGGAUUGGUCAACGAGCAACCGCUCCAAUCUCGUUCAUCACAAAAACGGAACAUCGAUCAAUUGCUAGAACGAAACCAAUCGCUGCCCGAAGAGGACCAGCCCUGCGACACUCGUAAUGGCGAUGGUCCGAACUAUGCGGAAAACCUCUCUUAUGUGAACUACUCCGAGUUUACACGACGUUCAGAUUUCUAUUCACUGGGAUCUAAAACAACGGAGACCUGUGGUAUGAACCCAAGAGAGUCACCUUCGGCAGUUCCUAGAUAUCACGAUAGGACACUCCAGGAAAAGGUGAAGCUGGAUUCUGUUCUGAACAGUCCAAAUUCUAAUCCGCUAUGUAGUUUUUCAAAGAUUUCCACCCUAGGUAAUCCUCUGUCAGAACACUCGCCUGCUACUUCGUGUGCUACAACACCUCACUCCCUUCCAGCUGUUGCCCACUCCGGUGUUGAAGGAACCUCCUUCAGUUGUGAUAGCCAACAGUCUUCUUCAUUUACAUCUCCUUAUGAUACCAGUUCCUCUCUGAGACCAUCACCCAGCCAUGAUACGAAUGUUUUCGUGCAUUCAUUACCUCCUAAUUAUAGUGGCCAUCCAAAUUCACAUAAUUACGACUUCAAACGAAACCUUAUAGUAAAAGACUGUGAUAAUCUCAAUACUUCCUUCGGCUCAGGCUCCCAGCUGGCUUCGGCGAUUUCUACUGUGCGAUCAAAUGGGCCGCAUAUUCCCUCAUAUUCUAUUGCAAGCCAUUCUCAGCACUCGCAUGAAAAUGCUUAUGUGUCUAGGCCUGACUUCGUCUUUCAUGCAUCAAAUGCAAUCUUGUUGGUUCCAACUAUGGCACAGGAGACAAGACAUUCUACGUCGUUUAACUCGGUCCCCAGACGUGAAGCAGAGUAUUAUUCUAAUUUCGAAACUUCAGCUACUCUUCCUCUUCAAAAUUUUGCAGAAAAUACCAGUUCGUCUCAAAAUCAAAAUCGUUACACAUAUCCAGUAUUCCAACAGGUGAAACCGAAUGCCCCGGGGAGACCGAAAAGAAAAGGUUUCAUGAUUGAAGACAUUAUGAGUAGUUAGUGUUAUCUUUUAAUUUCACUUUAAGUACGAGUUCAGAAAAAUUGUUGUUUUUCGUCUCAUAGUGAAGGGAAUUUGUCCACCGUUCGAGAUAUUUGAAGUAUUCCUGUGAUAACCCGACUAAACAAUAUUGAUUAAGUUUACAAUAGAUCACUAUAUACGCCGACCAUUUGAUCAGAUACUAAUUGCCAGCAAGCCUCCUAACUUGAUAUCAAGGAACCCUCCUGUUUGGAUUGGAAUUGAAACACAGUGAACGAGAUAUUCGUGUCAAGUGUGUACAGACGACGAAAUACGUUGAAAAGUUGUCGACCGGCAGAACUUGUGAAAAACUGAGCUUGAGUCCAGAGUGAGAAUGAACACUAAACGAGAUUCUGAGAAUCGUUUUCUGGAAAUUGAUCUGGAAAACGGGACGAAGAAUGUCCUGGAAAAAUAAUGAGACUGGAAAAAUUUUCUCGAAAAAAGGUGUGUAUCGAAACAUGAACGGUUUGAGAGAGAUGUAUGUAGUACAAGACAUGCAUAACGAUUUGAGAGAAAGCGACUUAUUCCAUUACAAUACUAGACAUUACGAACGUUUGGAUAAAGGAUCAGCAAGUCAAACGCUUAAUUAUUAAUUUACAGUUGAGCUGAUUUGAGGACAUUUGAUUGCCCAUGCAACUUGGCAGCCAUUCUUGUUAGUUGGGUUGUCUAACAUAGACUCGCCUGGUUUCAUUAUUGCUUGGUAUUGGAAGGCCAGGUCACUACUCGGGGAGUUUUCACGCCAAUAGAUACUUACUGGAUUUAAAAUAAUUUCUGAUAUUUUUAUGUUAACUUUAUUAUCCGGCGCUCUUUGAAUUCAAAUCGUCAAUCCGUCCGCAAGAUGCCACGAAACUAAGGUCAAAGCUGAACUGUUUUUGAAAGAUGAAAUAAACGAUGAAUGUAUCAUGACCGUCGUGUGUACCGGGGCUGUGGUCGGUGCAAAAUUUGUGGGAAUACUUUCAAGACAGCGCGAGAUCUCUCAAACAUUAUAACUGUUUAAUUUUACAUUAAUGAUUAAUUGUUGUAUCUCGUGAUGUAUCUUUAUAUACGUUAAAAAGUUGUUAAUUCUGUUAAAUUGCCGGAACUAUUUUUCAAUGCGGGACAUCUUGACUCGUUUCGUUAUCGUCCAGGCCUGAAAAAUAGAAUUGGCUACAUUUGUAGAGCUAAUCGGUACAAAGCUAUUAGUAUAUCGAAUACAAAACCAAUGAGACAUUUAUGCUUAAUAAGCACCUGAUCCCUGUGACUGUGAUAUCGGAGAUCACUCCUGGCUACACGGAACCCCAAGUGUGUCCGCAUGAAAUUCUGCUCAUUAUGGGCUCUCAAUGGGGCGCAGCCGAAUGCCACAAAUUAAAGUCUUACAUUUGCCCUGGAGCCAACGCCUAACCUCGGCAUGCAAUAACUAAUCGCACUGUCAGAGCUAGAGACCGCAGACCACGCUGGAUCACCGCAAGUCAGAUCAGUUCUCACUGCUAAUACCUAAUAGCGCAUUGUGUCCACAGUCACUGUUUAAGCAGACAUGCUCAUAAACAUGCACUCCACUAUCCGGCCUCACCUACUCACGUUGCCCCGACUAACCCACCUUCUUGCAGCCAAUGAGCGGCUUGGCUUGCCCACUUGCCCCGUCUUUUCUAUUUCCAACAGCCAAUUGGGUUAGGUUGUGAAUUGUUAUCGUUCAGCUUUGUUUUGGUGGAGAGUCGGGGUUACGUUAUACGAAUAGUAGGCUAGGCCGAAUGCAAAACCACCUGCUUAGGAGCGGCCAAACUCAUAGUACUUUGGCUACUAUGAUCUUCAUAGGCUACUAUGAUCUUCAUGAGCUACUAUGCUCUUCAUAAGCUACUAUGAUCUUCAUAAGCUACUAUGAUCUUCAUAAGCUACUAUGAUCUUCAUAAGCUACUAUGAUCUUCAUAAGCUAAUAUGCUCUUCAUAGGCUACUAUGAUCUUCAUAAGCUACUAUGAUCUUCAUAAGCUACUAUGCUCUUCAUAGGCUACUAUGAUCUAUAUUCUAUAGCAUGCUUAUCCCAUCAGUUCGAAAACAUUAUAGAAACUUAUUGAUCAUUUAGAUAUAGCAUUGAUCCGUACAACUGCCAAAGAAAUAAUAAACUCUUGAGCUCAUGAUUGAUUUUUGCAUAAAAUCUUAUUGCUAGAAAACACCAGGAAUAAAUUCAACAGUAUCUGGAAUCUUUUGCGGUCAUUAAGGUUUUCUCGCAAUUGCAUGAAGCAACAGUGCCAAGUUCAAAUUCAUUUAAUUCACGUACGUGAAAAUUAAUGAAAAUUGCUGUUAAGUCGGCAUUUUUUUCUAUCUCGGUAUUUCCUAAGUCAAUUAAAUUAUGUACAAGACAUAUCAUUUUCACUUUUAGGUCAAUUAUGCAAAUUUAAGGUUGCCAGUUUGACACAAAAUCGGGAUAAAAUUUAUUUAAUGCACUCAGGUCAAGUUUAACUUGCCCUUGGAGUAAACUAUAGUUCACUGUUGUGGUGCUCUUCCGUUGUGUACAAAAUAGUGAUGGCGGGCGCUGCGUAUUGCGAUAUGGUCAUAGUGCAAUCAUUACUGUGUUUAGUUUUUAGGAUAGAUGCUUUAAUUGUGUUAAAAUUUAAAAUAUUGAUGUUCGUGUUAUUGAAUAAAUGUU